AGCCCCCGGAGCCGCGCGUGCAGAGCCCGGCCGCGGCUCGCGCCAGCUCGGGGGCCGCAGGGCUCGGGCCGCCGCCGCCGCGGUUGCGUCCCUCUUCCCUCCCCCCCCCCUUCCCUAUUGCACAUUCUCUCCUGGCGGCGGCGCCCCACUUUGCAGCAGCCCCACCAGCACCCGGGAGGAGGAGGGAGGAGGAGGAGGAACAUGGCGACAGGGAGCAGCCGUGGGGAGCGGAGACUCCCCUGCCUGGCAGCCCUGCUGCUGCUCGCCUGGAGCCCCUACCCGGCCGCCGCCAGGACGCUGCGGCUGCACGGGGGGGCUGCAGCCCGGCCGCAGGACCGGGGCUUCGCGCUGCUGCAAGGAGCGGCGCUGAGCCUGGGUGACAGAGGGACGGGCAGGGCAGGCGAGAGGCUUCAGCCGCGGAGGAAGAGGAGCGCUGCGGAGCAGCAGCAAGAGCUCAUUAAGGUGUACGGACAGGUCAGCCUGAAUGAUUCUCACAAUCAGAUGGUCGUUCACUGGGCAGGAGAAAAGAGCAAUGUGAUUGUGGCCUUGGCUAGAGACAGUCUGGGGUUACUGAGGCCCAAGAAAAGUGAUGUUUAUGUGUCAUAUGACUAUGGGAAGACCUUUAAAAAGAUAUCAGAGAAAUUCAGCUUCGGUGCAGGGAACACCAGCGAUGUGGCCAUCUCACAGUUCUACCACAGCCCUGCUGACAACAAAAGGUACAUCUUUGUGGAUGCCUACACCCAGUACCUCUGGAUCACCAUGGACUUCUGCAGCAAUAUCCAGGGCUUCUCUAUUCCAUUCAGAGCCGCAGAUCUGCUGUUACACAGUAGGAUCCCUAACCUUGUUUUGGGCUUCGAUAGGUCUCAUCCCAACAAACAGCUCUGGCAAUCUGACGAUUUUGGGCAGACCUGGAUAAUGAUUCAGGAACACGUGAAAUCUUUUUCUUGGGGCAUUGACCCAUAUGAUAAGCUGAAGACAGUUUACAUAGAACGACAUGAGCCUACAGGGUCCUCAACUAUAAUUCGCAGCACAGAUUUCUUUCAAACCAGGGAAAAUAAAGAAAUCAUUCUGGAAGAGGUUGAAGACUUCCAGCUCAGGGACAAGUAUCUGUUUGCCACAAAGACUGUGCAUUUAUUGGGCAGCCAGCAGCAAACUUCAGUCCAGCUCUGGGUUUCCUUCAACCGCAAGCCAAUGCGAGCUGCGCAGUUUGUAACCAGACAUCCAGUUAAGGAAUACUACAUUGCGGAUGCGUCCGAGGACCAGGUGUUCGUGUGUGUCAGCCACAGUAACAACUGCACCAACCUCUACAUCUCAGAAGCAGAAGGCCUGAAGUUUUCUCUGUCUUUAGAAAAUGUGCUGUACUAUAGCCCUGGAGGGGCGGGCAGUGAUACCCUGGUCAGGUAUUUUGCCAACGAGCCUUUUGCAGACUUCCACCGUGUCGAGGGUGUGAGAGGAGUGUACAUCGCCACCCUGAUAAACGGCUCGUUCAGUGAAGAGAACAUGAGGUCUGUCAUCACCUUUGACAAAGGUGGAACCUGGGAAUUCCUGCAGGCUCCAGCGUAUACGGGUUAUGGAGAAAAAAUAGAUUGUGAGUUUUCAAAGGGCUGCUCUCUUCAUCUGGCCCAGCGACUGAGUCAGCUGCUUAACUUCCAGUUGCGUAGGAUGCCCAUUCUCUCCAAAGAAUCUGCUCCAGGGCUGAUCAUUGCCACAGGCUCAGUUGGCAAGAAUAUGGCAAGCAAAACGAACGUGUACGUUUCAAGCAGUGCAGGAGCAAGGUGGAGAGAGGCACUGUCCGGACCCCAUUACUACACUUGGGGUGACCAUGGUGGCAUUCUCGUAGCAAUAACGCAGGGCACAGAGACAGACCAGCUCAAGUACAGCACAAAUGAAGGGGAGACCUGGAAAACAUUCACUUUCUCGGAGAAACCGGUAUUUGUGUAUGGGCUUCUCACCGAGCCGGGGGAGAAGAGCACUGUGUUCACCAUCUUCGGCUCCUAUAAAGAGAACGGCCACAGCUGGCUGAUACUGCAGAUCAACACCACUGACGUGCUUGGCGUCCCUUGCACAGAAAACGAUUACAAACUGUGGUCACCCUCCGAUGAGCGAGGUAAUGAGUGCUUACUGGGGCAUAAGACAGUUUUCAAAAGGAGGACUCCUCAUGCGACUUGCUUCAAUGGGGAAGAUUUUGAUAGACCAGUUAUGGUCUCCAACUGCUCAUGUACAAGAGAAGACUUUGAAUGUGAUUUUGGUUUUAAAUUGAGCGAUGACUUAUCAUUAGAAGUUUGCAUCCCUGAUCCUGAAUUUGCUGGGAAACCAUAUUCCCCACCUGUGCCUUGUCCCGUUGGCUCAACUUAUAGAAAGACUAGAGGCUACCGCAAGAUCUCUGGGGACACCUGUGUAGGAGGAGACAUCGAAUCACGGCUAGAAGGGGAACUGGUGCCAUGUCCUCUAGCAGAAGAGAAUGAGUUUAUUCUGUAUGCCACGCGCUACUCCAUCCACCGGUACGAUCUCUCUUCUGGAAUCAGCGAGGAGUUGCCUCUAACUGGAUUGCGAGGGGCAGUGGCUCUGGACUUUGAUUACGACCACAACUGUUUGUACUGGGCGGAUGUGACGCUUGACAUUAUACAGCGUCUUUGUCUAAACGGCAGCUCUGGACAGGAGAUAAUCAUUAGCACUGGCCUAGAAACAGUGGAAGCGUUGGCCUUUGAACCUCUCAGUCAGUUGCUUUACUGGGUGAACGCUGGUAUUCCAAAAAUUGAGGUUGCCAACCCAGAUGGAGACUUGCGAUUUACUGUUCUGAAUUCCUCUGUACUCGAACGACCCAGAGCUCUAGCUUUGGUGCCUAAAGAAGGGUUGAUGUUCUGGACAGACUGGGGAGACUCUAGACCUGGCAUUUACAGAAGCGAUAUGGAUGGUUCGUCGGCCAGUUGCAUUGUCUCUGAGGGAGUGAGAUGGCCAAAUGGCAUUUCUGUGGAUGAUCACUGGAUCUAUUGGACGGAAGCCUAUAUGGAUAGAAUCGAGAGGAUUGAUUUCAAUGGGAUGCAGAGAUCUGUGAUACUGGAUAGUCUUCCUCAUCCCUAUGCUAUUGCUGUAUUUAAGAAUGAAAUCUACUGGAAUGAUUGGUCGCAGCUGAGUAUUUUUAGAGCAUCUAAAUACAGUGGGUCGAGAAUGGAGAUUUUAGUUGGUCGAUUAAAUGGGAUCAUGGAUAUGAAAAUCUUCUACAGAGGAAAGACAACAGGGCGGAAUGCCUGCAUCACCAAGCCUUGCAGUUUGUUGUGUUUGCCCAAAUCAAACAACAGCAGAAGCUGCAAGUGUCCUGAGGGAGUCUCCAGCAGCGUGCUCCCAUCAGGGGAAGUGAAGUGUGAUUGUCCACAUAGAUACGUGAUGAAGAACAACACAUGCAUCAAGGAAGAUAACACCUGUCUGCCUAACCAGUAUAGAUGCUUCAACGGGAAUUGCAUCAACAGCAUUUGGCAGUGUGACAACGAUAACGAUUGCGGAGACAUGAGUGAUGAGAAGAAUUGCCCCACAACAGUCUGUGAUAGCGAGACUCAGUUCCGCUGCCAGGGCUCGGGGACCUGCAUCCCGCUGUCCUAUAAAUGUGACCUGGAGGACGACUGUGGAGAUAACAGUGAUGAAAGCCACUGCGACGCUCACCAGUGUAGAAGUGAUGAAUUCAGCUGCAGCUCGGGGAUGUGCAUUCGUCUUUCUUGGAUGUGUGAUGGCGAUAACGACUGCAGAGACUGGUCAGAUGAAGCGAACUGCACGGCAGUAUACCAUACAUGUGAAGCCUCCAGUUUCCAGUGCCACAAUGGGCAUUGCAUUCCCCAGAGGUGGGCAUGUGAUGGCGACGCCGACUGCCAGGAUGGCUCCGACGAGGACCCUGUCAAGUGUGAAAAAAAGUGCAACGGUUUCCAGUGUCCGAAUGGAACCUGCAUCCCAAAUAGCAAGCACUGUGAUGGGCUGCAUGACUGCUCUGAUGGCUCUGAUGAACAGCACUGUGACCCCCUGUGCACGCGUUACAUGGACUUCGUGUGUAAGAAUCGGCAGCAGUGCUUGUUCCACUCCAUGGUGUGUGACGGCAUUGUGCAGUGUCGGGAUGGCUCGGAUGAAGACGCCAACUAUGCUGGAUGCUCUCAAGACCCAGAGUUUCACCGGACCUGCGACCAGUUCAACUUCCAGUGCCAGAAUGGCGUGUGCAUCAGUUUGGUGUGGAAAUGUGACGGGAUGGAUGACUGUGGGGAUUACUCUGAUGAAGCAAACUGUGAAAACCCAACGGAAGUGCCGAACUGCUCUCGCUACUACCAGUUCCAGUGUGAGAAUGGUCACUGCAUCCCUAACCGGUGGAAAUGUGAUGAGGAGAACGACUGUGGUGAUUGGUCUGACGAGAAGGAAUGUGGGGGUUCACAGAUCCUUCCCUUUACGACAUCCGCCCCAGUGACGUGUUUACCUAACCACUUCCGUUGCAACAGCGGUGCGUGCAUCAUGAACAGCUGGGUUUGCGAUGGAUAUCAGGACUGCACAGAUGGCUCAGAUGAGGAAGCCUGCCCUACUUUAUUCAACGUAACUGCGACUUCCACCACCUCCCUCGGCCGGUGCAGCAGGUUUGAGUUUGAGUGUCAGCAACUGAGGAAGUGCAUCCCUAACUGGAAGCGAUGUGAUGGCUUGAGAGACUGCCAGGAUGGCACAGAUGAAAUGAACUGUCCUACUCACAGCACACUAUCAUGCCCGAAUGGUUAUAAGUGUGAAGAUGGGGAAGCCUGUAUCAUGACAACAGAACGGUGUGAUGGAUUUCUGGACUGUUUAGAUAGUAGCGACGAGAGAAACUGCACCGAUGACACAAUUGUGUACAAAGUCCAGAAUCUCCAGUGGACGGCUGAUUUCUCUGGUGAUGUCACUUUAACAUGGGCUCGACCUAAAAAAAUGUCCUCAACAUCCUGUGUGUAUAAUGUCUAUUACAGGAUGGUUGGCGAAAGCAUGUGGAAAACUUUAGAAACUCACAGUAACAAAACAAACAGUGUCUUAAAAGUCCUCAAGCCAGAUUGCACCUAUCAGGUCAAAGUUCAGGUCCAGUGCCUCAGCAAAGCGUACAACACCAAUGACUUUAUCACUCUGCGUACGCCGGAGGGCUUACCCGAUCCCCCCCUUCAUCUUCAGCUGUCCCUAAAGAAAGAGGUGGAAGGUGUGGUGAUCGCCCGCUGGGCUCCGCCCAUGUAUGCCCACGGCCUCAUCCGAGAGUACAUUGUGGAAUACAGUAGAAAUGGUUCCAAGGAGUGGUCCUCACUUACAGCCAGUAAGAACUAUACCGAGAUUGAGAAUUUGCAGGUCAACAAAUUAUACACCCUAAGAGUUGCUGCAGUAACUAGCCGGGGCGUAGGAAACUGGAGUGAUUCCAAGUCCAUAACCACCAUGAAAGGCAAAGUCAUCCCACCGCCUACCAUCCGUAUUGAGAGUUGCAAUGAAAACUCCAUAAGUUUCACCCUGAAAGUGGACACUAACAUUAAGGUGAAUGGUUAUAUCGUGAACUUCUUCUGGACCUUCGAUACCCACAGGCAAGAAAAAAGGACUUUGUUCCUAGAUGGUGAAAAGUCAGCACAAACAGUGGGUAAUUUGACAGCGCACACACCGUAUGAAAUUUCUGCUUCCAAGACUGCACUGGGUGACAGCCCUUUGUCUUUUGCACAUGUUGUGACCAGCGGUACGAGACCUGCGUCGCCAAGCCUCAAAGCCAAAGCCAUCAAUCAGACUGCUGUGGAGUGUAACUGGACCGGACCGAGGAACGUCGUCUAUGGUGUUUUCUAUGCCACAUCGUUCCUAGAACUAUAUAGAAACCCUCAUAACACCACCACUGCUUUACACAACAUCACUGUGAUCGUGAACAGGGACGAGCAGUACCUGUUUCUGGUCCGUGUGAUGUCUCCGUACCAAGGACCACCUUCCGACUACAUCGUGGUGAAGAUGAUACCGGACAAUAGGCUUCCCCCUCGGCAUCUGCAUUCUGUGCUCACCAGAAAGACAUUUGCUGUCAUCAAGUGGGAGUCUCCCUACGAUUCGCCUGACCAGGAUAUGCUGUACGCUGUCGCAGUAAAAGAUUUAAUUAAAAAAACAGAUAAAAUCUACAAGGUGAAAACCCGUAACAGCACAGUGGAAUACACCAUUAAAAAGCUGGAGCCAGGAGGAAAAUAUCAUAUAAUUGUUCAACUCGGAAACAUGAGCAAAGAAUCCAGCAUGAAAAUUACCACAGUUUCACUCUCUGCACCAGAUGCCUUAAAAAUUAUCACGGAAAAUGAUCACAUUCUGCUUUUUUGGAAGAGUUUAGCCUUGAAAGAAAGUAAUUUUAAUGAAAGCCGGGGUUACGAGAUACACAUGUUUGACAGCACGAUGAACAUCACAGCCUACCUUGGGAACACCACAGAGAACUUCUUCAAAAUUUCCAACCUGAAGAUAGGCCACAACUAUUCAUUCACAGUUCAGGCCAGAUGUCUUUAUAGCAGACAGAUGUGUGGGGAGCCUGCUACUCUUCUGUACGAUGAACUUGGAACUGGUGAAGAUGCCUCUGCGUCUAAAACUGGUAAAUCCACAGAUGUAGCUGCCAUCGUGGUCCCGAUAUUAUUCCUAUUGCUCGUGGCCGUGGGGAUAGGGUUUGUUGUAUUAUACAUGAGACACAGAAGACUACAGAAUAGCUUCACUGCCUUUGCAAAUAGCCACUAUAGCUCCCGUCUUGGGUCAGCCAUAUUCUCUUCCGGUGACGAUUUAGGAGACGACGACGAUGACGAAGCCCCUAUGAUAACUGGAUUCUCAGAUGACGUUCCCAUGGUCAUCGCGUGAAGCGCAUUUCUGACUGUAAACCAAAUGGUGUAAAUAUUUCAUUUGAUAAAAAUAGUUGAUGGUUUAUUUUAAAAAUGCACUUUGAGUUGCAAUACAUUAUUUUUAUAUGGGCCAAAAAAUAAUAAAAAAAAUACACUUUGUAGUAAUCAACUGUGAACUGCAGACCAGGUUGAUUUAGAACCGAAUUGCUUUGUUUUAACAUUAAUUUAGUCUUACAAGGCUAUGCUUGCUGGGCAUGCUUUUAAGUCUGUGAGAUGUUUUCUGUUGACUAAAUUGGCUACUCUUUUUAUUUUUCUAAGACAAUAAGAAAUUUAUUUUAAAAAAUUCAGGAGAUUAUAUAUAUAGAGAGAGAGAGCGAGAGAGAGAGGGAGACAAGUAAUAUAGUCCCUGAAGGUUUUACAUUUACUUUAAAAAAAUCCUUUGGACUUUGUUUUAUAUGAAAGUAUUUUUGUUGUGUUAAUUUAUUGGGAAAUAUGCUUUAGAUCAGAUUUUCAGAGUCAUCAGACAUUGUACACAUUGUGUAGAUAGAAUGUGUGCCACUUUAUCUUGACCUGCAGUAGAUUUUUGGUAUCACAAUCAUUGUUACUGCAAUAAUAAUAAAAAAAUCAUUAAUUUUAAUUCCCCCCCUCCAUUAUUAAAAAACUGGGUCAAAAUUUUAAAACAUUGGGGCCCAAUUCAGCAAAGCACUUCAUAGAACCAUAGAAUAUUGGGUUGGAAGGGACCUCAGGAGGUCAUCUAGUCCAACCCCCUGCUCAAAGCAGGACCAAUCCCUACUUCAGCACUUCCUUAUCUUUAAGCAUGUAUUGAAAUCCCAUUGAUUUCAUUGGGACUUUUGCACUUUCAGUGCUUUACUGAAUCAGACCUGGGGGCCUAAAGUGAGGUCUGCUUAAAGACCUAAAAAUGUAAGUGGCCUGAUUUUCAGAAGGGGGACCCACAGCUCCCACUGGCUUCAGGGACAGAGUCAAUCAGGCCACUUUUUGAUCCUGAUUCAGUCAAAGUACUGAGGUACGUACCUACGAAUAUUCACGUAAAUAUCCCUCAUGGAAGUCACCACUCAUGUACAUAGAGUUAUGCACAUACUUAAGUACACUGCUGAAUCAGUGUCUAAUUUAGGGGAUUAAGGUCCAGACUGUGCAGAUAUUUAUGCACGUGGGUGAGUUUACACAAGUUAGUGAUCUGGCCCUUACCAUGGAUUUAGAUGACUAACCCUAAGCCCCAAAGUUUUCAGUUCUGGCCCUUACUUUCUGCCUCACAAACCUACAGUCUAUGCAGUUCUGGGCAUCACCAGCAUUGUCCUAAAUGCUUUAGGGUUACGUACAGUAGUGGAUUUGCUAACCUUGCCCUUCACUUGUAGCCUGAUCCUUUAGUUAAAUAUAUUAUUGACAAAAAUUGUAAACUAACAGGAAAAUGUGGCCACUGACUCUCUUUAAAAACACAUUUCAGUACAUGCUGUCACAUGCAAUUAGACAAACGUGUUUCCUCUAUGGCACUUCUUUAAGAUGCUAAUAUAUUGAUGGGCAACUGGGGUGGGGACAUGCUACCUGAAACUAGAGGAAGGGCUUUGAUUGCAGGUUUUCCGCAGUCUUACGAAGCUAGAAAAUCUGAAUUCAUUUGAGGUUACAAAAGGAUACUAUAUUCCUUCAUUGCUUUUUUCCUAAAAGUAGCUGUGGUUUUAGCUUCAACUUCAGAAGUAAAACAUAUAUACAGAUCACUAUCUGUUAUGCACUUACUGUAGACACACCAUUGGCUACAAAGCUAAACGUUAGCUGUUAAAAACGUCUGGUACCAUUGUCUAGCUUUUUUGUGACAGUAGAGUUUGAAUCCCACCACAGAGUCAAAACUUCUUGCCAGCCGGAAAGCAAAUGAUGUAAGUGAGUGUUCACGGAUCACAUCUAUACAUACUUUGUAUAUGCAAAGUUUGUCAGCUCUACACCACUAAAAUACAAUGUGCCAUCUUGUCAUGAUAUAAAUAUUUUAACCAAAAGUAUCUUUGUUGUGUAACUUGAAAAUAUAAUUACAGUCUUCCUAUGGAUAGAGUGAGAAAAAGAAGGGUCAACUGUGUUUAGAUAAACAAGUGAUUCGUUUAAUUUCAAAUAAGAAAAUGUAUAAACUGUAGAAGUUCUGUAUGGUUCAAUACACUAAACAAAUACUAAAUAUAUUUUCAGCUAGUGACAGAGUGUCAUUCCCAAGUGACAAAUUGGUUCUUUUUUCUUUCUUUUUUUCCGGAGGACCAGAAUUGAAUGGGUUUUUGUGGACACUGCUUCUUUAUUUUAAGCUUGUAGAGUUGUGACAUGUUUUUUUUACUUGGUUUGAGGGCCAGAUGCUAUUCUGAGAUACAAAUUUUGAGCAGCAAACUUUGGUGUAAAUGAAAUCACUCCUGAUUUACACUAGCAUACCCAAAUCAAAAUCUGACCCUGAGUGACAAAUUCCUAGAUUUACUGAAAGAUUCAAAUACUUGAAAAGUGGGGAAAUGGCCAAAAGAAAGAAAGAAAACCUAGGGAUGUGGUUAUUAUUUCUUAUUAAACAGAUAUUUCUGCACAAUCGCUACAAAAAUUAGCAUAAGAGUAUCUCAAAAGGGGGGGGGGGGUUCUACAGAACACUGAUAUUGGUCAAAUCCUGUGUGCUUUACUCACCUAAGCAGUCCCAUUGACUUCAGUGGAACUACUCACCUGAGUAAGGCAAGCAGAAUUUGGCCUAUUGCCUUUUGUUCCUAUAUAGGGAAACACACACUAAGGACCAACUCCAAUAACUAACCUCAUGGCCACUUAAAUACGCUAUGACAGUUCCUCAGUAUGAUGUUUUCAAACUUUUGAAGUUAAAGACCUACUUCAGCUUGCGUGACUGAUCAUUGCUGGUCACUCAGACCGGUGUCACUGCAUUCACUUCUCAGCUGUACAAAACAUAGACUGUUUCCAGUUUGAAACACUUGGUUGCAAAUGAAAAAUACUCCUGGUUAACAGUGCCUCAGUUAAUGCAAUGUGGGUGGAAUAAAGCUCAGUGCAUUGGGUCUGCACAUUUGCCUGAGCAUUGCUUUUGCUCGCUGAAGGGUUUAAAUGGCACUUAAGCAGGUCAUAGACCUUGUGCGAGUUCUCCUGGGGGUGUAUUUCACCUUGUGUGAAUAGUGCUGUAAUGGAGAGACAUCCUCAACCCUCAAAACUUUCCCUUUCAGCAAAAAUAACCACUGUGCUGUUGGCAAAGCAGCCUUACAGGGCUAGUGUAUUUUAUAUAAAUAGAAAAUUAUAAGCUCCGGGGAGCAUGAGCAAGAUCGAUGCAGUUAUGGAUAAAUUGUAUAUUUUUUAUGAACUUUUGAAGCACAGAAUCUUGUUCACAGAUAUGGGCGGGGGUUGUUGUAAAUACGGUACAUGCGAUCCAGAUCCAGAUUUUGUUCUUGUUUUGUUUCAGUAGCUUUAUGAAAUGUGAAGCGAAUUGUUACCCUAAAUGUUGGGAGGUGACUGGGUUUUUCCUACUGUAACAAAACAAAACUAUUGAAUACUUCAGCUAAAAGGCUGUUAGUUGUACCCUCCGUUAUGGUGACUCUUCCAGUUAUUUAACAUUUGAGUCUGUUUUAUUGUUCACGACACACAUUAGAAGCAAGCCUGCAUUCUUAAGUCCAUUUGAACGAAAGACAACAACUUUUAACUGUGUUGGCCCUUUGAUUUUUGAUCUUAUAUGGUGAAUAUACAUGGAGGUACCAUUUCCUAAACUUGAAAUCUGGGGGCCCCUUCAGGAAAAUGAAACCAGAUCCAGUUUUUCCCUUCACCGUGAACAAAUUACUUCAGUUCGCUGUAUAGCAAAAGCCUCAUCCAUAAAAUGGUGAUCUACACUCAGCUCUCUACUGAAAAUGCUACACUGAUUUCACACGUAGCACCCCCACUAACUGCAGUAUACAUUCUGCAUGUAGAACUCACACAUGAUUAGCAGUCAGAGAUCAAAACUAUUAUAUAUGUAGGAUCACGAAAAUCCUGACUACCAAAACCCAUAUUUACUUUUCUUGGCUUUCUAGCAGAAUGGUACUACCAGUUAAUGGAAUUUUCACUUCCAGGUCACUAGACUGAAUCCAGCACAAAUCAGUAUUUGGUAAAUGAGUUGGAAGAUCUCUGUCCAUUUCUCAGUAGGCAGGUAGCCACAACAUUAAAACCUAUCUACAACACAGCACUAAUUAGUAAAGUUGUUUCCAGACUCAGAGAAUCCAAAACUAUAUGGCCAGGAGUCAUGGAGACUGAACUUUCUUCUCAGACCUAGAGAUGGUCUCUCCAGGGCUGGUGUGAAGUAACAUUGGCGAGGCAGGCGUAGCUUGCUCUACCACUGAUCACGCUCUAUGGACAAAGGGGCGUCAGUCUCUAGGAUGCAAAACAUUCUCUUCCCAAAACAGUACAGCCUUGUGCCACAGAGAAUCAGCAUGUUUUUAUCUGUUUAGAGGGACCUUAAAAGAUUUAAUGAAAGAUUUAGCUGAUUUGUCAGUACAACUUUAGAAACUGUAUUCAAGAAAGACAAGAACAAUAUUUUCCUAUGCAAAUUCCACGUCUCUUUCAAAUGGACUUCAGAAUGUGACUGUCCUAAUUGAAUUAGUAACCUUGGAUCCAGAAAGCGUCUUCAUAUAGUGCCAACUUCAAGGGUUUUUUAUAUAUAUACAAACAGUGAUCGUUCUAAACUUUCAGCAUCCAGUAUAGGUGACCAGUCUCAACCAUUCUCAUCAGCAUUAGCUUCACCUCUGUAAGCUCUUAAAGUGACGUUUAGACAUUUAUCAUUUCAAUUGCUUUUCUAUGGUUUUUCAGUCAAAUGAUUUCUGCUGCAGAUUUUAGUAACUCAUUGCACAAUUUUGAAGGUUUUUUUUGUCUUUCAAUGUCAAACUUUUUUCACGGAAUAAAUAAAACUUAACUGAGUCAAGAAAACGGAUGUUAAAAAAAUCUA